AUGGACGACCGAACGAGGGCUGAUUACGAAGCAGAGUCCCAGAAACUUCGUGUUGAACUGAAGAGCUGGGAAACCUCAUGGGCGAAAUCUCAUGACGGAAAAAAACCGGGCAGAGACGACAUCAAGCGCAAUACCGACAUAGCACAAAAGUACAAGCAGUACAAUAAAGUCCGCAACAUUCUCUCUGGAAAGCUCCAGCCGCCCCCGAAGGCAGAACCCCAGCCGAAGAAGCGAAAAGAGAAUCCCGCGCCCACCACGACGCCUUCCAAGAAACAGAAAUAUGUCGAGACACCUUUGAAAGGGAGAUCGAAUCCUGAUGAUGCCGGUCUCAUUAGCACUCCCUCUAUUUCUCGAACACUGUUCAGCCCCGCGGCCCCGAGAUCGAUAGGCCCUACACCGCAGCGCGACGGUCGCGUACUUGGACUGUUUGACUUGAUGGUGGAGCGCGAACUUGGCACGCCUUCAAGAAGAAACCUGGAUUUGAACACUUCUGCCGAUGCGAGAGCGAUGACGACACCGCGGAAGCGUGCCACGCCUACGGACGAGGAGGACAAUGCGAGGUUUGGGCGUACACCUAUGUCGACAAGCAAACGACAGAUGCUGGACAGCUUCAUGACGCCGUUGAAGAACAAGGGCAUCCAAACACCCGAUGCCAAAACACCCACAACCGUUUCGAAGCUCCAGUUCAGUACUCCGUCCUUCCUCAAAAGACACGCUCAACCGCCCCCAACCAAGGACGAUGAGUUCACGGCGCCGCCUCUCCGUUUGCCCCGGAAGCCAAUUGUCCGGGGUCUUAGUGCCAUUGUCGCAAGCCUCCGAAAAGUGGAGGAGGAAAAGCUGGACGACGAUGACGAUCUCGAUGCCCUUCGAGAAGCAGAAGGCGAGGUCGUCCAGCCGAAAGCGCCCCCGAAGCCGAAGAACGACGAGAUGCUUGCUGCCGACAGCCAAGUGCAUCUUCCUCUAGGCGGAUUUGAUGACGAAGGCUUAUACGAUAGUCCUGAUGAAGAGCAGAAAGGCAGGGAUGGAAUGCCGUUGAGGGUCUACAAGAAGAAGGGCCAGAAGCGAACAACAAGACGAAGCAACAUGAAGCCUGUUCAACUCAAACGACCAUCUGGCCUGGCCGAGGGCGGGCAGGAAGCGGAAGACGAUGAGUUGAAUGUGUCGGGAACACAAGAAGCCAACGGUGCGGCGGAUGAGAUGCAAGAUGAGCUUGCGGGCCUGGGGCCUGACUCGGACGCGGAAUUCGACGAGUCGGCAACACGCAAAGAAUCCAAGAUAAAGGGUGCCAAGAAGACGGAAAAGGCGGGGGCGGUCAAGAAGGCCGUGAGGAAGGUCAACGAAAUGGCGCACACAAACUUCCGGCGGUUGAAGUUGAAGAACCAUGGCGCCAAAGGCGGACCGGGACACAACAGCAAAUUCCGAAGACGGCGCUAA